CUACGAAUAGCUCACUUGAUAGUUAUUUAACACUUAGAAUCUAUCAAUAUUCAUCGGUGUAAAAUCCAUGUCUUGCUCAUAAAUUGAAAUCAAUAAUUGUGAACAAUGGCAUACAUACGGUAAAGUUAUGAGACAUACAUUUCUAUCACAGUAUUUAUCAGAGAAAGUAUUUUUGAAGAAAGUGUGUAACGUAUUUUUUAUGAAGUAAAAAAUUCGAAUGAGAAAUAUGUUCGAAGAAAAAAAAAUACGUGAAACUUCGGACAAAAAGAAUGUAUUGAACUGUCUGUCGCUGGCAGAAAUGUCCCGAGUUGCGAAGAAACAUAAGUUAACACACAAUUCGUCAAGAAUUAAAACAGUUUUUUACAAAUAUCGACGCAAUAACGUAAAACCUGCUGAUAACACAUACUGCUAUAGCAAACGCGGUAUCAAAUCCACGUCGUGUCAUUUCUUCAGUGUUGACAGAAUACUCAUAAAACCGCCUUUCACUUUUAUAGAACAUUAUAACGAAGAAGUUAAACAAAAAGUUAUUGCGUCCGGAAAAAAAUUCGAUUCUCUGUCUAAGAAUAUAGUGAGUUUGAAGGAUGUGGUAGAAGGUACGUUGAAGGAAAGUGAAGAAGCGACAGCUUUGAAAAAAAAAGAAUUGUUUGUAAACAAGCGCAGUAUAACAAAAAGGAGAAUGAUAGUACGUUGUAUCGAGGCAGAAAUACCGAAAAUUGUGGAUGAACAGUUAACUGAAUUAUUGACGAUAGUCGAUAACGAACAGAGACAGAUAUUUAAAUUUGAAGAUAUUACGAAGAUAAUUUCUCUCAGAGACUCUAUAAGCGAUUGUCAUUUAGAACCGUUUGAUCACGUAAAUAUCAAAAUAGCGAAAACAUAUAUCGUCGAUGAAAUGCGGCGACAUAAAAAUUUUGACAAAAUAACGAAAGCUUUAGAAUCGGAAAUUAUCGACGAUUACAAACAAAGCCUUCGUAGCGCGAUAAUGAAUUACGUCUUAACAGAUUCUAAUAAACGGAAACGCUUAUCUAUUGAAACACUGCCUAUUGAAUUUCCUGUCUUAUGUGUGCGCGCUCCAGUACCUUGGCAUCAAUCCAAAGUGACAGCGAAUCAUAUGCUGGAGCACAGUCUUUUUAUCGGAAAUGAAAUAUUCAGGGAUAUACGCGACCUGUGGUUCUCGAAAUAUCGACAAAUGAGAAUAAUUUGCAUGAAGGAUUUCGGCACGCUUCCCAUCCCGGCUACAGAAGUUGAACUAAGAUGGAAUGGUUUAUGCGCUGCCGCCACCGACGUUCUCAUCAAAGAGUGGCUGGUUGACGUAGCAGAGAUUUUUCUCGAGAAAAAACACGUCUGGUCGCAGUAUUUUGAAAUGCGACCUGAUGCAUCCACCGCCUUGAUUAAAAAAUAUUUUCGCGGUAUCAAUUCCUUGUUAUCGAGACAACUGCGAAUUAUGAUAAUGGAGACGUUAAGAGACGUCAGAGAUUUUUUUAUGCGAUACAAAGCUGGCAACGUAUUCGAAGGAUAUUACAAAGAUCUCAUGUUUCUGGAACAUCCUUUCGUAAUAUUAAAAGUUGAGCCAAGAUUUGGCACGACGGAGCUGUGCAUUACGCCAAACGUCUUGGAGCUGCACACGAUGAUCUCACGAUGUUUCGACAAAAUUAUCGCAGUGAGCGCCAACAUACCAAAAAUCGACUCCAUUUUGUUUCCGGAAUUGGAACAUAUGGGUUAUCUCUUUUCAAUAUCGCGAUUCGAGGAUGAGGUGAUGCACAUCAUCGGUGACGUAUUGGACGUGGUCACUAAGCAUAUAUUUGGUCCUACAAAUUAUCUCAAAUGCUACCAUGACUUGCUCUACAUCACGAGCGGGGUGGCUGAGAAGAAAUUAAACAAUUUCUUUAGGCUAGAACCAAUACCGCUCUUGCGAGAAUUCGAGCAACAAAUAAGAGCGUACGAUAAUCUGCGAAGAGAGAUUUGCAUGUUUCGGAAUAAAGUUUCGUUGAAUAUGAUAGCAAUCGAUUGUAGCAUCGUGAACGACGCGAUGAGAAAGAUCUUGUUCACAUUACGGAGUACAAUAUGUGAUUUUUUCGCGACCGAGUUGCGAGCGAAUAAUCGCGACUUGUGUUCGACUUUCGACAAAAUAGCGGAUGCCAUCUCCAAGAUGCCAGAAACGACGCAGCAGGUGGUCGAACUGUACAAUUAUCUAUGCGAAAGUCGCGACACAACCAUGUUCAUUCUGAAAAGACAGUUAGCUCGUUCGAUUGAGCUGACAUCGUUCCUGUUUGAUUACCAGCCGCUCUUAGAUGAGGACAUCCAUUUAAAUACGCGCGCCAUCACCUGGCCGAAAGAAAUGGACAACAUGAUGGAACUGGCGGCCAGCAGAUUGAACAUGAGAAAAGAAUUUUUGGAGACGGUACUUCGCACAAGACGAGACACUUUCGAAAAGAAGAUAAUCACCGUGCAGCUGGCAAUCGAUCAGUUCAAGCGAAAGGACCCGCCGGUUCUCACGAUGGAAGAAAUGGAGCAAACCGUGGAGGAAAUCGAACAAAUCUCCGCAACCAUGGCGCAAAUGCGCAAAGAGGCAGAGGAGAUCAACGAGGAGGAGGGGCUGCUGGACAUGGAGGUGACUCCGUAUACGGAGCUACCGUCCAUGCUUAGCACAGUGGAAAUCUUCGACAAACUUUGGCACACUGCUCUCGACUUCCAUCGUAACUACGAUCGAUGGUUUUAUGGUUCGUUUCUCGGUCUGGACGCUGAGGAAGUGCGCGAGAACACCGAGAACACAUGGCGAUUGCUGUAUAAGUUGUCGCGCGUUCUCACGGAUGUGCCAGGCGCAAGACGCGUCGCUGAAAUGGUGCGCGGCAAGGUGGAGAAAUUUCGUCAGUUUAUUCCGGUGUUACAAGUCAUUUGCACGCCUGGUCUACAAGACCGACACUGGGAGAGCAUCAGUAAGAUUGUUGACGUACAGAUAGUACCGACGGAGAUCAGCAGUCUGUCUGAGAUGGUUGAGUACGGUCUGCCAGCUUUUAUCGCCAAGCUGGAGGAGAUAGCAUCGGCAGCUACGAAAGAGUACAUACUACAACAAAAUCUGCAGAAAAUGAAAGAGGAAUGGCAAGAAGUGUACUUCGAGUUGAUUCCUUAUCGCGAAACCGGAGUGUUCAUAUUGACUGCUGUGGAUGACGUACAGAUGUUGCUUGAUGAUCACAUUCUUAAAGCGCAGACCAUGUGCAGUUCACCCUAUGUCAAAGCGUUCGAAAAAGAGAUGCAAGAAUGGGAGGAAAAGCUGAUAUUGAUGCAGGACAUCAUCGAUCAGUGGCUGCUAUGUCAGGCCACGUGGAUGUAUCUAGAGCCGAUAUUUAGCAGCGAAGACAUUAUGCGUCAGAUGCCGACCGAAUCGCGGAACUUCUUUAGGAUAGACGAAAUCUGGCGGAAAAUAAUGCUAUAUGUUUUAAAGAACAGACGAGUGACCGAUGCCACCGCAAUGUCAAACAUGCUACAAGAGCUGAAGCUCUGCAAUGUGCUACUUGAAGAGAUCCAAAAAGGUCUGAAUGAGUAUCUGGAAAAGAAACGUCUGUUCUUCCCGCGAUUCUUUUUUCUGUCAAACGACGAGUUGCUGGAGAUGUUAUCCGAGACCAAAGAUCCGCAGCGAGUGCAGCCCCACUUGCGCAAGUGCUUUGAAGGUAUUAGCAAGCUCCGCUUCACAAAGGACGAGGAAAUCGUAGGCAUACUGUCAGUCGAGGAAGAGUACGUGCCUUUGAGCGGCAAGAUUUAUCCGGCCGACGCAAAAGGCAUGGUCGAGAAAUGGUUGUGUCAAGUGGAAAACCUCAUGGUCAUAUCACUGCGCGAUAUUGCCGAGCAGAGUAUACUCGCUUAUUUUGAGGAAGACCGAGAAGAUUGGGUGCUUGUGUGGCCUGGUCAGAUCGUCAUCUGCAGCAGCCAAGUACACUGGACCAGCGAAGUAUAUGAAUGCUUCAGUGAUAAUACCCUAAAGACCUACUUACUAAAGUGCAACGAUCAAAUAGAGAACAUUGUGAUGCUCGUCCGCGGCUUAUUGAGUUCCGGCACUAGGAUAACACUGAACGCUCUGAUAGUGAUAGACGUUCAUGCGCGGGACGUGGUAAAGUUAUUGAUUGAUGAGAAGACCAACAAUCCUAGUGACUUCAAUUGGAUAGCACAGUUGCGUUACUAUUGGCUAGACGACUGUAUCACUGUUUCUAUGAUCACGACCAACGUCAUGUACGCUUUCGAAUAUCUAGGCAAUACGUCUAGAUUAGUGAUAACGCCGCUGACCGAUCGCUGCUACAGAACGCUGAUGGGUGCAUUAAAGAUGAAUCUUGGUGGAUCUCCGGAAGGACCAGCGGGCACUGGCAAGACAGAAACAGCCAAAGACCUUGCAAAGGCCGUGGCUAAACAGUGUGUAGUGUUCAACUGCUCUGACGGACUUGAUUAUAAAGCAAUGGGCAAGUUCUUCAAAGGUAUCGCGCAGGCUGGUGCCUGGGCGUGCUUUGACGAGUUUAACAGGAUUGAGGUGGAAGUGUUGUCCGUAAUCGCGCAGCAGAUAUUGUCGAUACAGAUGGCUAUUAGUAUGAAAAUGGAAAAGUUUAUGUUUGAAGGCACCGAGCUGAAGCUAAAUCCUACAUGCAACGUCAUUAUCACAAUGAACCCAGGCUACGCCGGCCGACAGGAGCUGCCGGACAACCUGAAGGCGCUGUUUCGAACUGUGGUCAUGAUGGUACCAGAUUACAUCAUGAUCGGUGAAAUUACGCUCUAUUCAUAUGGCUUCUUUAAUGCCAAAGUGCUUGCCGAGAAGAUUGUUCACACGUACAAAUUAUGUUCGGAACAACUCAGUUCUCAGAAUCACUACGAUUACGGCAUGCGAGCGGUUAAGACGGUGUUGAUAGCGGCCGGCAAUCUAAAGCUCAAGUAUCCGACGCAGGACGAGUUAACUCUCGUUCUUCGCGCCAUCGUGGAUGUCAAUCUGCCCAAGUUUCUUUCGCAAGACGUUACUCUCUUUAGCAACAUUUAUAUGGAUCUCUUUCCGGAUGUUACCUUGUCGAAACCGGAUCGCGACGAACUUAUACAACAGCUAAAAGAGAAUUUAGAGAAACGGAAUCUUCAAGCUACCGAGUGGUACUUAGAGAAAAUUAUACAGAUUUACGAGAUGUUACUCGUGCGACAUGGUCUGAUGCUCGUUGGCACCACUCUAGGUGGAAAAACUCAGGCCUAUCAAACUUUGGCCGCGUCUUUAGGCGAUUUGUCGGGUAGACGAAAAUCCACGAUACGGGAAUUCCGCACGAUCUAUCGAGUGAUCAAUCCCAAGGCUAUUACACUGAGCCAGUUAUAUGGUAGCUUUGAUCCGGUAUCUCACGAAUGGAGUGACGGUGUGUUGGCCAACACGUUUCGCGAGUUCGCGCAGUUUAUAUCUGUGGAUCGUAAGUGGAUCGUGUUUGACGGUCCAGUAGACGCAAUCUGGAUUGAAAGUAUGAACACAGUGUUAGACGAUAAUAAGAAGCUCUGUCUCAUGUCCGGUGAGAUCAUACAAAUGUCUGCCAAAAUGAAUAUGUUCUUUGAAGUGGCCGAUCUUGAACACGCCUCGCCCGCUACUGUCAGCAGAUGCGGCAUGAUUUACAUGGACCCGUCUCAGUUGGGCUGGUCGCCUAUCUUCGAAUCGUACAAAAAGUUCUUGAAGGAAAAAUUGCUGAUAGAACAGUUCGAACUUAUCGUCGAAUUGGUCGAGUGGCUGACAAAACCGAUAUUACGUUUUAUCCACUAUAGUUGCAAAACUUUCAUAGACACGUCGGAGAAUCAUAAGUUUGUUUCCUUUACGAGAGUAUUCACGAUGAUGUUAGCGGAAGAAACACGAGUGAGCACCUUAUGGCUUCAAUGCGUGUUACUUUUUAGCAUUGUUUGGGGCAUGUGCCCGACAUUAACAAAUGAAAGUAGAAAAGUCUUCGAUGUAUAUUUAAGAAAAUUAUUGGUCGGCAAUAUCGAGAAGCAUCCUAAACCAAAGAUGUUCAAGAUGACAAAGCAACAGCUUUUUCCCGAUAAAGGCACGGUAUUCGAUUGGAUUUACGAUAAGAGAAACAAUGGAUGUUGGAUAUCUUGGAUGGAUACAAUAAAACAGGCAACUUUACCUACAACGACGAAGGCUAGCGAGCUGAUCAUUCAAACAACCGAGAUGUGCAUCCAACUGUUCUUCAUUAAGCAAUUUUUGCACCAAUCAAUACCGGUUUUGUUUGUGGGUCCCACAGGCACUGGCAAAUCCGCGAUCGUGCUGAAUUAUCUCGUAUCGUUGCCCCGAGAGAAAUUCCUCGAAAAUAUUAUAAAUUUCAGCGCGCGCACAAACGCACCGCAGACUCAGGAGAUAGUCAUGUCAAAGCUGGACAGAAGAAGAAAGGGAGUUUACGGUCCGGCUAUGGGAAAGAAAUACGUGCUGUUUGUCGACGAUCUCAGCAUGCCGCAAGUGGAAGUUUACGGCGCACAACCGCCGAUUGAGCUACUUCGUCAAUGGGUAGAUCAUGGAUAUUGGUUUGAUCCGAAAGACACUUCAAUGCUGUAUCUAGUAGACAUUCUGCUGAUCGCAGCUAUGUUACCGUCCGGAGGCAGCUCGAACGUUGUAACAACGAGAUUCACUCGUCACAUGCAUGUAAUUGGUAUCGAUUCCUUUGAGGAAACCACAAUGACGAAGAUUUUCACAUCGAUUCUUGAGUGGCACUUUGCCAAAGGUUUCGUCGUAGAAGUUUCUCGACUGAGCAAAAUGGUAGUAAAUGCCACUUUGAGUGUGUUCCUCGCGGCUAUCAAAACUUUUCUACCGACGCCAUCGAGGAGUCAUUACUUGUUUAACCUGCGUGACUUCAGUCGAGUCAUCAGCGGCAUGCUUCUGGUGCCAGCCAUUAGAAUGAAAGAUCCGAAAAAGCUUAUCAGAUUAUGGAUUCACGAAGUGUAUCGCGUGUUCCACGACCGAUUGAUAAAUGAUACCGAUCGCGAAACAUUGUUCAAAAUAGUGAAGUACACGUGUUAUGAUCAAUUGCGCCAGCCAUUGGACAAGGUGCUCGAAAGAUUGCUGAAGCCAAACGAGAAAAUGGUCACUAGUUCUCAUAUAAGUGAUCUCUUCUUUGGAAAUUAUAUUGAACCUGACGCUGAGCCGAAGAUAUACGAUGAAGUAACAGAUCUGGAGGAUCUUCAAGAGAAAAUGGACUAUUAUCUAGCCGAGUAUAAUGCAAUCUCACGGACACCGAUGAAUUUGGUAUUAUUUAGAUAUGCUAUCGAACACAUAUCUCGCAUUUCGCGCGUGUUGUUACAAGAUAAAGGUCACGCUUUGCUUAUCGGAGUGGACAGUUCCGGCCGCAAUUCUUACGCCAAGCUGGCAACUAGCAUGUGCGAAUAUCUGAUACACCAGAUCGAAAUCACAAAAACUUACGAACAUUCCGAGUGGCGGGAAGAUUUGAAGAACUUGCUGUUGCAUGUCGGCUGCGACGACAAGCCCACUACCUUCAUUUUCGGCGACCAUCAGAUCAAGGACGAAUCCUUCAUUGAAGAUAUCAGUAUGAUUCUGAAUACCGCAGACGUACCGAAUUUGUACGGAAUAGAAGAGAAAGCGGAGAUCUUAGAUAAGAUGUCGUCGGUUGUGAGAGAAGCGAGCGGUGGUAAGAAAAUAGAAACGACACCAAUGAUGCUAUAUAACAUGUUUAUUGAUAGGAUCAAGAAGAAUCUACACAUAAUUCUAACGAUGUCGCCGAUAGGCGAUGCUUUCCGAAAUCGUCUGAGGAUGUUCCCAUCGCUUAUCAAUUGUUGUACCAUUGAUUGGUUCAUACCGUGGCCAGAAGACGCCCUUGAGAAGGUAGCCAGAAUGUCAUUAAGGGAUUUAGAUAUUGACACAAAAUUACAAGAAAAGUGCGUGCAGAUAUGUAAAGAGUUUCACAUGAGCGUCUCUCUGACGAGCGAGGAUUACUACUUGACACACGGUAGACGUUACUAUGUCACUCCUACAAGUUUUCUUCAGUUGAUCAAAUCUCUAUACAAACUGUACGCGCAGAAGACCGAGCAAAUCACUCUUCAGCAAACGCGCUAUGAGACCGGCCUGGAAAAACUAGAUUUCGCCGCCGGUCAAGUGGCAGUUAUGCAGGAGGAACUACAGAGGCUGCAGCCAAAGUUAGUGGAACAGUCGCAGUUGAGCGACAAGUUGAUGAUUCGGAUUGAGCAGGAUACCGUCAACGUGGAAGCGAAGAAAGAGAUCGUCGCUGCCGACGAGGCUCUGGCGAAUGAAGCCGCAGCGGCUGCUCAGGCAAUCAAAGACGACUGUGAGAGUGACUUGGCUGAGGCUACUCCGGCGCUGGAAGCAGCUCUGGCGGCAUUAGAUACUCUGAAACCGGCGGAUAUUACAAUCGUGAAGGCAAUGAAGAGUCCACCGGCCGGUGUUAGAUUAGUUAUGGAAGCAAUUUGCGUGUUGAAGGGUAUAAAACCAGAAAAAGUUCAAGAUCCAAUUACCGGACAGAUAGUAGACGACUAUUGGCCUGCAUCCAUCAAAAUGUUAGGUGAUAUAAAAUUUCUGGAAAAUCUUAAGAAUUUUGACAAAGAUAACAUACCGCAAGCGUACAUGAAACGUAUUCGUGAUAAAUUCAUUAACGAUCGGAGCUUUCAACCAGAAGCUAUCAAAAAGGUCUCCACCGCCUGCGAGGGUCUCUGCAAGUGGGUGCGCGCGAUGGAAGUAUACGAUCGCGUGAUCAAGGUUGUCGCGCCGAAAAAAGCAAUGUUAGCAGAGGCUGAAGCUGCACUAGCCAUACAGAUGGAGAUGCUCACCGACAAGAGGAAUCUCUUGCAGGAGGUAUCGCAAAAACUGCAAUCGCUGAACGACGAAUUCGCCGAAUGCAUGCGCGAAAAAAAGAAACUCGAAGAUCAGAUCGACUACUGCACGCAAAAGUUGGAGAGAGCAGAGAAACUGCUAAGCGGCCUAGGCGGCGAAAAGACCAGAUGGAGCGAGAUAGCCACUACUCUGGGCAUCAGUCUGGAUAACGUGAUUGGAGAUGUUUUACUGUCGUCUGGAAUAAUAGCUUACCUUGGCGCAUUUACGAUAGAAUAUAGAAGCAAAUUGAUCAACCAGUGGCACGUUUCUUGCGUAAAAGCAGCUAUACCGUGCGCAGCUAAGUUCAGUCUAGUCGAUAUUCUGGGUGAACCAGUGGAAAUCAGAGAAUGGACCAUCUAUGGAUUACCGGCCGACAAUUUUUCCAUAGAGAACGGAAUAAUUGUAAAGCACGCUGAUCGCUGGCCGCUUAUGAUCGAUCCGCAGAAUCAAGCCAACAAGUGGAUAAAAAAUAUGGAGAAACCGAACAAGUUGACGGUGAUCAAACUAACGGAUCCUAAUUACGCGCGAGUGAUGGAGAAUGCCAUUCAACUGGGCUUGCCGGUGUUGCUGGAAAAUAUUCUGGAAGAGAUCGACGUGAUUCUGGAGCCCGUGCUGUUGAAGAGAGUGUACAAGCAGCGCGGAGUACUAUAUAUCAAAUUCGGCGAGACCUUACUGGAGUACAAUACAAAUUUUCGAUUUUAUAUCACCACGCGUCUUCGAAAUCCACACUAUUUACCUGAAAUUGUAGUGAAGGUAACUCUAUUGAACUUCAUGAUUACACCGAAAGGUUUGCAGGAUCAGUUGUUGGGCAUAGUUGUAGCUAAAGAGCUACCGGUGUUAGAAGAGAAGAAAAAUCAGCUGAUAGUGGAAGGCGCGAACAACAAACGAAUUCUUAAGGAAAUCGAAGACAAGAUCUUAGAGGUUCUUACGACAUCAGAGGGUAACAUACUGGAGGACGAGACCGCUAUUAAGAUACUCUCGACCUCGAAGGUGCUGUCUGAAGAUAUUGAAUCGAAGCAAGAAAUUGCGAUAAAAACUAUAGCGGAGAUAGACGAAGCUCGCAAUGGCUACGUUCCCGUCUCGAAGCACGGCGCUGUUCUCUUUUUCUGUAUCUCCGAGUUAGCUAAACUCGAUCCUAUGUAUCAAUAUUCGCUAUCUUGGUUCAUACAUCUCUACAUCAUGGCGAUAGCCUAUAGCGAGCAUUCAGACAAUCUGAACACGCGAAUGAACAAUCUCAACUCAUACUUCACAGCAAGCAUCUACAGAAAUGUGUGCCGUUCUCUGUUCGAGAAGGACAAAUUGAUAUUCUCUUUGGUUCUUUGCAUCGAUUUGCUACGAGCCGACUAUAAACUCGAAGAGGAACUUUGGGUGUUCUUUUUGACUGGCGGAAUAGUUCUGGACAAUCCCCAUCCAAAUCCCGAUUCUUCCUGGUUAACCGAUAAAUCUUGGUCUGAUGUUGUGAGGGCUAAUCUUCUGCCUGGUCUUGAGAAACUGAGAGAAUCCUUUCAAUCUAAUAUAUCACAGUGGAAACAAUAUUAUGAUCUAUCAAAUCCGCAAGAACAUCCAUUUCCACCGCCAUUCGAAAACGUAGGCGAGAGUUUGAGGAAGCUCGUAAUCCUGAGAUGUGUGAGACCAGACAAGUUGGUUGCCGCUGUUCAAAAAUUCAUUAUCCAUCACAUGGGUAUAUCCUUUGUGGAACCGCCGCCGUUUGAUCUCCAGAGUUCGUACGAUGACUCGAGCAACGUCACGCCCCUCAUCUUCGUGCUCUCACCUGGUUCAGACCCAAUGGUCAAUUUGAUUAAGUUCGCCGAGGAAUGCGGAAUCUCAAAAAAAAACCUCGUAACGAUUUCUCUCGGUCAGGGUCAGGGACCGGUCGCGAUCAGUAUGAUCGAUCGUGGUAUCAAGCUCGGCGAGUGGGUCAUCUUGCAAAACUGUCAUCUCGCCGUAUCCUGGAUGAAAGAACUCGAUCGGAUAUGCGACGAGAUAAUCGUGCCCGAGAAAACGCAUCCGAAGUUCCGCAUAUGGCUGACCAGCUAUCCGUCCAAAGAAUUUCCAGUAUCUAUACUGCAAAACGGAAUUAAGAUGACGAACGAGCCACCGAAGGGGCUAAAGAACAAUCUACUGCGAAGUUACGUGCACGAUCCCAUUUCGAAUCCUUAUUUCUUCCGCGAGUGUGUAAAAAUAAUUGAGUGGAGAAGUUUAUUGUUCUCUCUGUGCUUCUUUCACGCCGUAGUGCUAGAAAGACGAAGCUUUGGCCCACUCGGUUGGAACAUACCUUACGAAUUCAACGAAACCGAUUUGCAUAUCUCUAUAAUGCAGCUGCAACUCUUCUUAAACGACUAUGACGAAGUACCGUUUGAUGCACUUUUGUAUUUGACAGGAGAAUGCAAUUAUGGAGGCAGAGUGACUGACGACAAAGAUAGGCGUCUGUUGAAUGUUUUAUUGAAGAAAUUUUAUAAUUUUGAUGUCAUCACAAGAUCACGCUACUCGUUUUCUCCGAGCGGAAUUUAUCACAUGCCGGAAGAUACUUCUUACGAAGGAUGCUUAGCGUAUAUUCGCAGUUUACCGCUCACUCAACUACCGGAAGUCUUCGGUUUCCACGACAAUGCGGAUAUUUCGAAAGAUAAUCGAGAAGCGAUGCAGCUAUUGUCCGCCACACUUUUGACUCAGCCACAAAUCAGCAAAGUAGGUGUCGAAAAAGAUACGGACGAAGUGGUUUACACUAUGGCUGAUGACAUUUUUUCGAAAAUGCCGCCGCUGUUUGAUAUCGAAUACGUGUCCGACAAAUAUCCGAUACUGUAUAUGAAUAGCAUGAACACAGUGUUGCGUCAGGAACUCGUCAGAUUCAAUGAGCUCGUCGAAAUCAUCAUGGAAACGUUGAUUAAUGUGCGGAAAGCGAUCAGAGGACAAGUGCUGAUGUCAGCAGAAUUGGAAGAAAUUUACGUUAGUAUAAGCAUUGGUAAAGUUCCGCUCGCCUGGAACAGAAAGUCGUAUCCUUCGCUGAAACCACUUGGCAGUUAUGUGAGCAAUUUGUUAGAAAGAAUACAGUUCCUGCAAAAUUGGGUCGAUCGCGACAUACCAUAUGUGUUCUGGAUAUCCGGUUUUUUCUUUACACAGUCGUUUCUGACGGCAGUAUUGCAAAAUCACGCUCGCAAGCACAAGAUACCUAUCGAUCAGCUGGACUUUGAAUUCGAAAUGACCGGUUUUGAAAUGAAAGAGAACGUUGACGUCGCACCUUUGCACGGAGUUUAUAUAAGUGGUCUCUUCCUCGAAGGAGCUCGGUGGAACAGAAAUAUGAGAAUGCUGGAUGAAUCUAAGCCCAAGGUCAUUUUUGAUGUGUUACCCAUCAUAUGGCUGAAACCCGACAUAAAGACCCAAUUUGAAAUAAAGAAUGUUUAUUAUUGUCCGGUGUAUAAGACGAGCGCUAGACGAGGAGUGUUGGCAACUACCGGGCAUUCUUCUAAUUUCAUACUGUACAUUCUAAUGCCAACAAACGUGGAUGAAUCACAUUGGAUUAUUAGAGGUGUAGCUGCUCUUUGUCAACUGGACAAUUAAUUUAUAUAAACAUCAUCGGUAUAUUUAUGCAGAACGAUUCAUUACUUAAAUAGCUAAUAGAAAACUGACUUUAAUGAAGAAG